AUGGCCGAGGAUCCUUCUCGAUUGCCGCGGCUACCACCUGAGGUACUGGGACUCAUCUUUGCCCACACGCCGAAGUCAACGGCUCACGCCGCUCGGCUGGGGAGCAAAAUUCUGUCCGCCGCGGCAACGCCCAGAUCAUUUCAACAUGUUCUCCUCAAGCCACCCUUCUGCGACCGCUUCAUGCACGUUGCAGAAGAUGCAAACCUUCGCCGACAUGUGAGAGAGGUCACAUGUGAUGCUCGCGCCUUUCUAGAUUACCGCCCUUUCCCCAUAGACUUCCUCGAAGCUCUGCCAUACCUCAGAUACUUCUCCGGGCUCAAGGUUUUAAACUUGAAGUUUACCGACUAUGCAGACGACGGCGACGAGAACGCUGAACCGGACAACUCCACAAGCUAUCGCUUCUAUGACAUCUACAGUUUUCGGCGUUUUGUCAUACUUGUCUCCUUUUACUGCAUACACGGAGGGAGCAAAGAUGAUCAGGAUCUGGUUCAGUUAUCGCAAAGCCUCGGGACAUCAGAUGACUUUGCCUGGACGGGGAACCUGAAAAUCCCGGACAUGUCUUGGAGCACAGAGGACAGGCUUAAUGAUGGCGGAUUUCCCAUUAUUCAGCUAGAGGAGUUGACUAUUUUCAAUCUAGCCGAGGAUAUCAACGAUGGUCAACAUCACGAGAUGGAAAAUCCAUUACAUCGGAGGCACCUUGCGGAUUGGCCCAUCUUCAAUCAAGUGAUUGCCCUUCCAACACUUAAAGGUGUAAAGUUGAUGGUAGCCCCCGAUGACCCGGAUAACUCGUUGUGGGACAACUUGGAGGAUGAGCCGACCGAGUACAACUAUCAGUGGCAAGACCUCUAUCUCCGCGAGCUCACCUCGUGGUUCAAGCCACAGCUCGCACGCAACCUGACCACUUUGUCUCUAUACUACGACGAUAUCUGGGGCUACCAGCCCAAAUUUGACUUCCGCCUCAUCAAUCCCGGCAGCGGGCCAGAGUGCGGUUUCCCUCACUUGAAGGUCUUAGCUUUGGGCAGAUAUUGCUUCAGUCACGAGUGGCAGCUAGAUUGGUUCGCUUCUCUCGGAAGUCAUAAUUCAGCGGGUGGGAUAGAGGAACUAUACCUCGAUGAAUGCGUGGUGGUAUCGAAAGCAUACUGUACCAUCCCUCAAUGGGAGAUCUGGGACCUGGACCGAGACCGCAACUAUACCAUUGUCACUGUCCAAGAUGCCGAUGGUAACGGCGUGGAAGUCUCCAAUCGCGGAUACUUGCCAACCACAUGGGAUAUCGAUCUUGUCGACGACACAUGGACCGAGUUUUACCACUCCAGCAUGUCCUGGCAUGAACUACUCGACCACUGGAGCAGCAGCAUGGCGGCGUUGAAGACAUUCAAAAUGGGGACGACGGCCUCUCUUGCGUCUUGGUCCGGAAUCGAUCUGGCAGCUCAUGUAACGCCCGAUAAAAUCACCGAAGUUAUUGUCGCACCUGGGAGCAAGAAUAGCCCCAUGAACACGGAUAUCCAUGCCAAGUUCGAUGAUCUCGCGUUCCGCAAAGAGGUUGGAUUGAUGGAGUUGACAGUGCCGUUCUACGUCAACUAUUCGCCGAAACCGAGCGGUAUGCCCAACUGGGUAGCUCGUCCUUGGUUCUUCAUACCAGUGAGCAGCGAUGAGGCUAUAGUUAUGGAAGAGUCUCCAAAGGAAACGAGACGGAAAGACACGUUAGCAUUGGAUAAAAUCAGAAAAGUAGUGGAUGAGAGGGCAAAGGGGGGCGGCCAGGUUUGA